AUGAGACACACGGGCAAACUGACAGACGGUAUUGGGAAUGGUAGCAUUGUGGACAGUAACAGUGUGGACAGUAACAGUGUGGAUGGUAACAGUAAGCAUUGUGGACAUGUGGACAGUAACAGUGUGGAUGGUAACAUUGUGGAUGGUAACAUUGUGGACAGUAACGGUGUGGACAGUAACAGUGUGGACAGUAACAGUGUGGAUGGUAACGGUGUGGACAGUAAUGGGGACAGUAACAGUGUGGACAGUAAUGGGGACAGUAACAGUGUGAACAGUAACAUUGUGGACAGUAAUGGUGUGGACAGUAAUGGUGUAGAUGGUGGACAUGUGGACAGUAACAGUGUGGAUGGUAACGGUGUGGACAGUAACAGUGUGGACAGUAACAGUGUGGAUGGUAACAUUGUGGAUGGUAACAUUGUGGACAGUAACAGUGUGGACAGUAACAGUGUGGAUAGUAACAGUGUGGAAGGUAACAGUGUGGACAGUAACAGUGUGGACGGUAAUGGGGACAGUAACAGUGUAGAAUGUAACAGUGUGGAUGAUAAUGGGGACAGUAACAGUGUGGACGGUAAUGGGGACAGUAACAGUGUGGACGGUAAUGGGGACAGUAACAGUGUGGAUGGUAAUGGAGACAGUAACAGUGUGGACGGUAAUGGGGACAGUAACAGUGUGGAUGAGAUCAAUUGA